AUGUCGGGUUCCUACGACGAGUCGGCAGCGGCCGCGGAGGAAACAACCGACAGCUUCUGGGAGGUGGGGAACUACAAGCGCACGGUGAAACGGAUCGAUGACGGGCACCGGCUCUGCAAUGACCUCAUGAACUGCGUGCACGAGCGGGCCAAGAUCGAGAAGUCCUACGCCCAGCAGCUCACCGACUGGUCCAAGCGGUGGAGGCAGCUCAUCGAGAAAGGUCCCCAGUACGGCAGCCUGGAGAAGGCGUGGGGUGCCAUCAUGACAGAGGCAGACAAGGUGAGCGAGCUGCACCAGGAGGUGAAGAACAGCCUGCUGAAUGACGACUUUGAGAAGGUCAAGAACUGGCAGAAGGAUGCCUACCACAAGCAGAUCAUGGGAGGCUUCAAGGAGGCCAAGGAGGCGGAGGACGGCUUCCGGAAAGCCCAGAAGCCCUGGGCCAAGAAGCUCAAGGAGCUGGAGACAGCCAAGAAAGCCUACCACCUGGCAUGCAAGGAGGAAAAGCUGGCGAUGACCCGGGAAGCCAACAGCAAGGCAGAGCAGUCCAACACCCCCGAGCAGCAGAAGAAGCUCCAGGACAAAGUGGAAAAGUGCAAGCAAGACGUGCAAAAGACUCAGGAGAAGUAUGAGAAGGUGCUGGAUGAGCUGAACAAGUGCACCCCACAAUACAUCGAGAGCAUGGAGCAGGUCUUCGAGCAGUGUCAGCAGUUUGAGGAGAAGAGGCUCAACUUCCUCAAGGAAGUGCUUCUGGACAUCAAGAGGCACUUGAACCUGGCUGAGAGCAGCAGCUACGCCAACGUCUACCGGGAGCUGGAGCAGACCAUCCGCCUCUCGGACGCGCAGGAGGAUCUCCGGUGGUUCCGCAGCACCAGUGGCCCCGGGAUGCCCAUGAACUGGCCCCAGUUUGAGGAGUGGAACCCAGACCUGACGCACACGAUAACGCGGAAGGAGAAGCAGAAGAAGGGCGAGGGGGUGACCCUGACCAACGCCAGCAGCACGGGCGAGACGGGGGCAGCGGCGGGCGAGCGCGGGAGCGUGAGCAGCCAUGACCGCGGGCAGACCUACAGCGCCGAGUGGUCUGAUGACGAAGGCAGCAACUCCUUCAACACCAGCGAGGCCAAUGGCGGCACCAACCCCUUCGACGACGAGUCGGCAGGGAAGGGUGUGCGGGUGCGGGCUCUGUAUGACUACGACGGGCAGGAGCAGGAUGAGCUCAGCUUCAAAGCAGGUGAUGAAUUAACCAAACUCGGUGAAGAAGACGAGCAAGGAUGGUGCAAAGGGCGCUUGGACAACGGGCAGCUAGGUCUCUACCCUGCCAACUACGUGGAGGCAAUCUAA